UUCACAAAAAGAGUUUGACAAAUCAUACCGUUCUUCAAACACGCACACUGUUCCCAGGAUGAAGAUCGACAUUCAUAAUCACAUAUUACCGAAGGAAUGGCCCGAUCUGAAAGAGAGGUAUGGAUAUGAUGGAUUUGUCCAGCUUCAUCACCAUUGCAAAGGAGAAGCCAAAAUGAUGAAGCAAGGAAAAGUAUUCCGUGUGAUACAAGAAAACUGUUGGGAUGCUGAGGCCAGGAUUCGGGACAUGGAUAAGCAUGGGGUGACUGUACAAGCCCUUUCCACUGUUCCUGUAAUGUUCAGUUACUGGGCAAAGCCCCAUGAUACACUUGACCUGUGUGGAAUACUGAAUGAUGACCUGGCAGCCACAGUGCGACGUUACCCUCGACGCUUUGUGGGUCUGGGAACUCUGCCCAUGCAAGCCCCAGACCUGGCUGUAAAUGAGAUGAGACGUUGUGUUAAGGAGCUUGGCUUCCCUGGGGUGCAGAUUGGCUCACACAUCAAUGCCUGGGACCUCAAUGCUCCAGAGCUAUACCCUGUUUAUGCCGCUGCUGAGGACCUUAACUGCUCGAUAUUUGUGCACCCAUGGGAUAUGCAGAUAGAUGGGAGAAUGGCAAAAUAUUGGUUGCCAUGGCUGGUUGGCAUGCCCUCAGAAACAACAAUGGCCAUUUGCUCUAUGAUCUUUGGAGGUAUUUUUGAGAGGUUCCCCAAGCUGAAGGUCUGCUUUGCUCAUGGAGGUGGCUCUUUCCCAUACACUGUUGGCCGGAUUGAACACGGAUUCAAUGUGCGACCAGAUCUGUGUGCUGUGGACAAUAAAAUCAACCCUCGAAAGUAUCUGGGCUCCUUCUACACUGAUUCUCUGGUCCACGACCCUCUCUCUUUGAAGUUACUCACUGAUGUGAUAGGCAAGGAUAAAGUAAUGUUGGGAACAGACUACCCAUUCCCACUGGGUGAAUUGGAGCCAGGAACUUUGAUAGAAUCCAUGGAAGAUUUUGACACAUCAUUGAAGGAAAAACUUCUGGCUGACAAUGCCCUGGAAUUUUUAGGUCUCGAACGAAAACAGUUUGAGUGACAUGUUGUAUAUGGUACAUUUACAGGAAUGAAUAGAUAACACUGUGAAGUCACUUCUAAAAUGUAAAUUCCAAUCACUUGAAGUUGGCUUAAAAAAAAACAAGUAUAUAGCAGUAUAAAAAGGGAAAUUAUGGUUGUCACACAUGACAAAAAAGCAAAAUUAAUAAGUAAAUUUAAUCAUAUGAUUUCAAUAUAAAAGAUCAAAAUAAUUUACAAUUUUAAUUUUGUGAUAUUGUCAGUAAGAACCUGUUUUAGUGAGAUUCUGCACAACUGUCAUAAAGUACUUUACAGUAUUGUGCUGUGAUAAAGUACUGCAGAAAAUGGAUCACCACAGACUUAUUGUUUGUUGGUUUUUGUAAGUCACUUUCAACAGCACAAAGAUCCUAGUGAUGUCUGUAAAAGGAAAAAUGCCUCAAAGUGGCACUUAAGAUGCUGCAAGUUGCUUUGAGGUGAUUCUGUAAUUUAACUUAACUUUUUUUGAUUAAGUGGCAUAUAGCUACUUCAGAAAUGCACCACUCAGAGUGUACAGCUUUUAUGGGAUGUUUUUACAGUGUUAAAAAGAACCAUCGAAAAAUUGAACUUUUCUGGAUAUUUUUUUAAUGCCAUUUUCAAUACAUGACAAAUCAGCAUCAUCACUACUGUGGUGUAACCUCUUUUAGAUUGCGAGGCACAUGUAAUUGAGGAGCAAGUGCCAGAAGUGUAAGACCUUGAUUUAUUUCAUAACAGGGUGUAAUGACAAAUACAAUAAAUGGUCUAUACAGUAUAUGAACAUAAAAA